CGGAAGCUCCGGCUUUUUAUUCAUAUUUUUGCAACAAAAGGAAUAAUAAUUGUGAAAUUAAGGAUCAUAAAAUAUGAAACUCUUUUUGCUGCUUCUCUUCUGUCAUAGUUCAGUUGCAGUGAAACACUCACUGAAGUAUUACUUCACUGGAUCCUCUGGAGUCCCAAAUAUCUCAGAGAAUACGGUUGUAAUGAUGGUCGAUGGCAUCCAGGCAUGUUUCUGUGACAGCAGCAACAUGAUAUUAGAACCAAGAAAGGAUUGGGCAAAGAAAAUUUUUGAAAAUGAUCCUCAGCAGAAGGAGAUUUACACUCAGAUUUGUUUUCAGCAUCACCCAAACAUGUUCAGAAUUUGGAUUUCUAUUUUGAAACAGCAUUUCAACCAAAGUGCAGGUGUCCACAUUUUACAGAUGGAAAGUGGCUGUGAAUGGGAUGAAAACACUGGAGAGGCGGCAGCUGUGUUACAGUACGCUUAUAAUGGAGAAGACUUUCUUAAACUUGAUUUUAAGACAGUGGCGUGGAUUGCACUGACACCAGAGGCUGACAUUAUCAAACAGAGACGGGAUGCUAAUAGAGAUUCAAUAAAAUUCGCUAAAACUAUCCUCACUCAGUUUUGUCCAGAGUGGUUAAAGAAGUAUGUAGAGGGCGGAAAACGCUUCCUGCAGAGAACAGUUCCUCCCUCAGUGUCUCUCCUCCAGAAGACUCCCUCCUCUCCAGUCAGCUGCCACACUACAGGUUUCUAUCCUGACAAAGCCGUGAUGUUCUGGAGGAAAGAUGGAGAGGAGAUUCAUGAGGGUGUGGACCACAGAGAGAUCCUCCCCAACCAUGAUGAGACCUUCCAGAUGAGUGUUGAUCUGAAUGUUUCAUCAGUCAGACCAGAAGACUGGAGAAAAUAUGAGUGCGUGUUUCAGCUCUCUGGUGUUGAGGAUAUUGUCACCAAACUGAAUGAAGCAGUGAUCAGAACCAACUCAGAGGAAAACAUUAGGAAAGAGACACCCUCUGGCAUGAUGAUCGCCAUUAUCACUGCAGUGGUUGUUGUUGUUUUUGCUGUCGUUGGAUUUGCUGUUUACAAAAAGAAGAAAGAAAAAGAUACUGAACCAUCUCCGGGAAACACCUCUGAACUUGAGAACUUGAGAUCUUGAUCUCUGAAUC